AUGAAAAGUGCCCACGUGUCGCCAGUUAGCCAGAGAAACCCAGAUGAUUUUUUGACGAAUGAGCGGUCAAAUUCCUUUGUAGGUACAGAGGAGUACAUCGCACCGGAGAUUAUACGUGGCGACGUCCAUGAAUUCGCCAUCGAUAGGUGGGCUCUUGGUGUGCUUUGCUAUGAAAUGCUAUAUGGAACGACUCCAUUUAAGGUGUCACUCAUGCUUCAUCGUGGAUUUCGCUCCGUUGCAAUAGCAUCGAGUGAUGCCAUUGUGAGCGUCGUGCGCUGCUCUCUAAGUGGUGUCGUGCUAACAGUGGUGGGAGCGUUGCGCCAUCGAUGGUAG